UGUGAUAAACGUCGCACAAAAUAUACGUCACGCUGAAAUUCUGAUCCGAGCACUAAUCGUUUUGUUUUAGCAAUAUUAUUUAAAACAGGUAGCUUAUUGUUGUCUGUUUAAAUAUAUUUUGUAUUUUUUAGUGCUUUAGGUCACUAGGAAAGUGUUUGUGUUUAUCAGAAAUCUCUUUGCUGUGUGUAAAAACAUUGAGUUUUUCCUCUCACGUGGACUUUUGGAGCACAAAUGGACGACUUGCCUGCGGAUUUAAGAGAAUUUUUGCAGAACCAGCCUUUCCUAGAGCUCACUGAAGCCAAAAGGAUCAAGUGCACAUUAAAUGGCCAUGAGUUUCCGUGCAACCUUGCAGAGCUGCAGAACUUCAUAUCUGGGAAGAAAUUCAAGAAACUGUGUACUGCAGAGGAAUUUAACUACAGCCAAUAUGAACCCCAUCUAGUCCCAAGCACAAAGCAGCCAAAUCAUCUUUUUUGCAAGCUGACCCUGAGACACCUCAAUCGCGUGCCUCAUCAUGUUCUCCGGCAUGUCAGUGGAAAACGGUACAAGAAAGCUUUAGCACAGUAUGAAGAAUGCGUAAAACAAGGUGUGGAGUUUGUUCCAGUCAGACUCAGGCAGAAAAAGCGAGCCCGAGAUACAGAAGAUGGCAUGGAGAGCACGAGGGAAGGAGGGAACAGGCACAAGCAGAAAGAGAAACUGAAACAAGACAGUGGCGUUUGGGCUCCGAGCUCCAGCGAGGGAGAAGACAGCGACUCUGAGGACAGCAUGUCGGAUCUCUAUCCACCCACUCUGUUCACGCUAAAGAAGUCAGAGGGACAGGAAGAGAUGGAGGAAGAUGAAUUUCAGACUGAUGAUGAUGAUAUGGAGGUUUCUGAAACGGAAGAAGAGAAACAAGCAGCGCAGAAACGCAAAAAGGUCCAGGCUGCUGGUUUUAACAAGAAAUUUAAGAAAAACAGAAAAAGGAAAGGCUUUAAGCAUGCCAAUAAAGUAAAGAAUGGAAAAUAAAAAAUAAUGUUUGCAUUAAGACUUCCAA